AUGUCAACUUCACGCCUUCUCCCGAAGAGACCUCUACAGCUUUACGCCCGCCAUGCGUCGCUUCAGGCGAAGGCUUCUUCUUCUUCUGCUCAGAUACAAACACCCUACGCCCUUUUCCCGACUGCCGUCACGGCGGCGCCGCAUUUCGACCUGAGCCGCACGGUGAACACGAGCAUUGCCGAACUUUAUUACCGGCGGGUGGAGCCCGAGUAUUCUAGAGAGAGCUUUCUACAAGGCGCCAUGGAGGCCGCGUCAAUUGCCAGCCAAUACAUUGUUGACAAGAACUGGAAUGGCCUCUCGAAUAUAUGCGUUACCGACUUGGUGGAUAUGAUUCGAGAGCGGUGUGAGGCAGAAAGCGCUCUGAUUCCUAGAAUAGCUCCGGGUGAUGUUCUGUGCAGCUACCUUUACUCAGCGCUCAUUUCCGGCAAGCAGAUCUAUCGCCUAAAUCCUGGAAACACGAAUAUCUACUUGACUGCGAUGGUCUUUUGCCGAAAUCAUCCAGAUGUGCCCCAAGAUUUGUCGCUGAAGAAAUACUUGGCAAAAUAUUACAAAGAAAUAACCGUCUGUCAUAUAACUUUUGCGCGUGCGAUAAACCCGCCCGGAAUCUGGAAGGCCACACAGCUCAACUACUUUAAUCUCAUU